AAUGUAUUUUGUUCUGGAGUGACAAAACGCUUCUCAUCACUCCAACUCUUGAUUCCUUUUAUGCCAAUAUUUCCCUAUAAAUAUCGACACUCACCAUCUCAAUUCACCACAAGAAAAACAGUAGAGAAAUUCCCUUCUUAAGUUAGCCAUGGAUAACGCAGCUACUGCAUUGUUCACCUCUUCCUUGAGUCCUUUCACCGCUGUGUCCUCAAUUUCUGUCGCCACUUUCCUGAGCAUCUGCUCCACCUUUGCUGUCAUGGCAUUCGCUUUCUAUUUCCUCUUCAAGUUCCUGUCUGGAGGUAACGGGAAAGCAAAGCAAGCCCCUCUCCCACCCCUCCUACUGAAACCUUGGCCUAUUGUGGGAAAUCUCCCUGAGAUGCUUAUAAACAAGCCCACAUUUAGGUGGAUACAUGAACUGAUGAAGGGUAUUACUACGGGCAUUGCAUGCAUCCGCUUUGGAAAUGUGCAUGUAAUUGUCAUCACUUGUCCUGAAAUAAGUUGUCAAUUCCUGAAAAACCAGGACGCUGUUUUUGCGUCGCGGCCAGUUAGCAUGUCCACUGAUGUCACCACUAAAGGUUACUUAACAACAGCUCUGGUGCCCUUUGGAGACCAAUGGAAAAAGAUGAAGAAAGUGCUGAUGGGCGAAUUGCUUUCCACAACCCGCCACCGGUGGCUGCAUGAUAAAAGGGUUGAAGAAGCUGAUAACCUUGUGCGUUACGUGUAUAACCUGUGCACGUCUGCAGGCGGCCUGGUAAACGUGAGGGUGGCAUCACAACAGUAUUGCGGCAAUGUGCCAAGAAAAAUGCUGUUCAACAGGAGGUACUUUGGGGAGGGUAAGGAGGAUGGAGGACCUGGGUUUGAAGAAGAAGAGCAUAUCAGUGCUGUUUUCACCAUCCUUGCGUAUCUUUACUCGUUUUGCGUAUCUGAUUAUCUUCCACGCUUGAGAGGCCUUGAUCUGGAUGGCCAUGAGAAAGUUAUGGCUGGCGCUCUUUCAGUUAUGCAAAAAUAUCACGAUCCAAUAAUCGAUGAGAGGAUUCAACAGUGGCGAAAUGGUGAGAAGGAGGACGUCGACGACUUGCUUGAUGUCAUGAUUAGUAUGAAAGAUGCACAUGAUGACCCCAUUCUUACCCCGGAUGAGAUCAAGGCUCAAAUUACUGAAAUUAUGAUCGCAACGGUAGACAAUCCGUCGAAUGCGGUAGAAUGGGCACUAGCUGAGAUGCUGAACCGGCCGGAGAUAAUGGAGAAAGCUGCGGAGGAAAUAGAUAGCGUUGUUGGAAGGGAGAGGCUGGUCCAAGAGACUGAUUUCACCAACCUCAACUAUGUCAAGGCAUGCGCCAGAGAAGCCUUCAGACUCCAUCCAAUUGCACCCUUCAAUGUCCCGCAUGUCUCUGUGGCUGAUACAACUGUUGCCAAUUACUUCAUCCCAAAAGGGAGUCAUGUGCUUCUUAGCCGCACUGGUCUGGGUCGCAACCCUAAAUUCUGGGAUGAUCCACUCAAGUUCAAGCCAGAGCGGCACCUCAAGGGGGGUGGGGUCUCACUGGCGCUAACUGAGUCAGAACUGCGCUUCAUCUCCUUCAGCACCGGAAUGCGUGGGUGCAAGGGCGUCCUGCUGGGGACUUCCAUGACUGUCAUGCUAUUUGCAAGGUUGCUGCAGUGUUUCACUUGGACCAUCCCACCAACUAGUCAGAAGCCCAUCGAUCUGAGUGAGGCCAAGGACAAUCUGUUUCUUGCCAAUCCGCUUGUUGCCGUUGCCAAGCCCAGGCUUCCCUCCCAUGUUUAUGCGUCGCUCUCCCUUAACUAGUUAUAGCUAUAAUAAUAAACACCAACGCAUGCCUGUUGCAAUGCCUUAGCAUCGCAUUGCAUGCUACUAGUACUAUGUUUUCUCUUUUCUUUUGUGUGUGUGUUUGAAAGCAAACUAUGUUGCCUUGCAUUGCAGUAUAUUGCAUGCAACUAUGUAUUAGGAAGCAACUAUGUUUUAGGAAA